AUGGCUUCCGCCGAUGACAUCGCGACCACUCUCCUUCGCGGUGCUGGCCGCGAUGACCUGCCUCUAGCCGAUUACAUCCUGCGCAAAACACAAUACCUCUACGCCCUCAUCCUACUUAUAGCAUUCAUAUCCGGUGCUGCUUGGUACAGCGUUGUCAACUCCAAGAAGCAAGAAGAUCAAGUCCAUUCUACAAUUAAGGGUCCCGGAGGCAAACCAUUACCUAUUACCAAGAAGAAGAGCUCUCGCGCCGACGGUGAUCGUAAGAUUGGGCCUGGCUUUGGUCGCACCGCCAAAAAUGUUUUCCGUUACCUCGCCUUUGUUGUCUUCCUGACCUACGUGUGCAGUGCUGGAUUCAUGUUUUACCAUGCUUUCUGGUUCGAAGACCCUUACAGCUGGUCCAAGGAGGGACUUCCAUGGGCUGGCGAAUGGAGCGUUGUCCACGUUACCGGCGCUCUCUUCUUCUACCUCUACAUUCUCAUAUCUCUUUUCGACUGGCGCAAAGGUCCGAAUAUCGUUCAUUUCGUUGUCUGGAUCUUGGGCUUCAUUGGCGAAAUCGUCAUAUGCUCAACAACCGCAGUUGCUGCUGUUGAUUGCCACUUUUUCCGGUCCGUUAGAAACAACGGUUCAAGAAAAGAUGGGAAUUGUGUGGAUUAUUGGACCAAGCUCGACCUUGUGCUCUAUUUCAUCCGAAUUCUUCAUCUUCUCGCCCUGAUCGGAGUUUUUAGUUUGGCAUGGAUUCGCAAAGCUCGCGGUUCCGACGAUAACAAGAUUGAAGAAGCCCACCCGGCCGAAUCAACACCACUGCUCAACGGACAUCGCCGGUCGUACGAUACCAAUGGACAACUGGCUAACGGCCAGAUCCCUAAUGGCCGAGAACCCAACGGCCGAGAGACUAAUGGUCGUCGUGGGCGCGGCAGAACUAUCUCGAAUGCACACAAGACGCCAAGUUUCCCUAAGAAGGAAGAGCCUGCUGCCUUCUAUCGACCCGAGAAGCUGCCACACAAGACAUGGUGGGAGUAUUUUAAGGGGUACUCUCUGUUCUUUCCAUACCUGUGGCCCAAAGACUCUGUCAAGCUUCAGAUCAACGUUUUGGUUUGCUUCAUCUUGGUCAUGCUGCAGCGCCUGGUUAAUGUGGCUGUUCCAAUGGCCGUAAAGCGGGUAGUCAACGAUCUCGAAGAUGUGAUCAAGCUUGUUCAGAGUGGCGAACGUCUUUCAAUGGACAAUUUCCCACUGAAAGAUUUCAUGAUUCUUGGGCUCUUAUGGAUCCUGCAAGGUCAAUCGGGACUUUUGGGCUCUCUCAGAUCAAUUCUCUGGAUUCCCGUCUCACAAUAUUCUUAUCGCGGACUAACGACAGCCGCUUUCAACCACGUCCACUCGCUUAGCCUCGAUUUCCAUCUUUCAAAGCGUACCGGCGAAGUCUUGUCCGCACUCAACAAGGGCUCAUCAAUCAAUCAGUUCCUCGAACAAGUCACCUUUCAGGUCUUUCCUAUGCUAUUUGAUCUUUUCCUCGCCAUUUCAGUCUUCUACUACGAGUAUGGUCCGCUGUAUGCCGAGAUCAAUCUUGUCGAUACUUGUUGGUAUCUGUACAUGACCAUCAAAAUGGCAUCGACUCGAGCCGAUCAGCGUCGAGAGAUGACAAAUGCCGACCGCGAGGAAGAAGCUGUAAAAAACGACUCGAUCUCUAGUUACGAAACGGUCAAAUACUUCAACGCGGAAGAAUUCGAGUCUCGGCGCUACCAAGGCAAGGUGGCCGUCUUUCAAGGAGCUGAAGCCAAGGUUCAGAUGGGCAUGAUGAUGAUGAACAUUUGCCAGACCGUGGUUUUUAACCUCGGGAGAAUAAUUGCAGCAUUGGUCUGCGGCUGGCAGGUCGCUAUGGGUCUUCGUACUACCGGCGACUGGUUCAUGGUUGUCUCCUACUUAACACAGCUCCAGGGGCCUCUCAACUUCUUCGGCACUUUCUACCGAACGGUUCAGCAAGCCAUGAUUUCUGGUGAGAGGCUGCUUGAACUCUUUAAAAUUCAGCCAACGGUAGUAGACACUCCUCACGCUGUUCCGCUAGGCAAGGAUUUCCAAGGUCAUGUGUGCUGGAACAAUGUUAGCUUCUCGUAUGACCGACGAAAGCCCGCGCUACGCAACAUUUCGUUUGAGUGUCUUCCCGGCACCACGACAGCUUUUGUCGGCGAGUCGGGUGGUGGCAAGUCGACAUUGUUUCGCCACAUGUUUCGCUACUACGACUGUGAUGAGGGAUCGAUCGAACUAGACGGUCGCAACGUCAAAGAUUUGACCAUCAACUCGGUCAGAGAAGCGAUUGGCGUCGUCCCUCAGGACACGACUCUCUUUAACGAGACUUUGAUGUACAACCUGAAGUACGCGAGGCCUUCUGCUACGGAUGAAGAGGUUUACGAAGCUUGCAGGGCAGCUAGCAUUCACGACCGCAUUCUCUCUUUUCCCGACCAAUACAACACCCAGGUUGGAGAGCGAGGCCUUCGUUUGAGUGGUGGUGAAAAACAGCGGGUUGCGAUUGCACGAACAAUUCUCAAAAACCCUCGCAUCAUUAUGUUGGACGAAGCCACAUCAGCGCUCGACUCACAUACCGAACAGGAGAUUCAAGAUAAUGUGUGGAACAUUGGGCAGGGCCGUACUUUGCUCAUAAUCGCACAUCGACUAUCUACUAUCACACAUGCUGAUCAAAUCAUUGUUCUGAAUUCCGGAACGAUUGUUGAGAAGGGCACACACGAAGAGCUUUUGGCAGCUAAGGGACGAUAUGCUUCCAUGUGGGAAAAGCAGAUUCGGGCCGAGCGUGCUUUGGAUGUGGCUCGUGAAGCGCAAAUGAAAGCCGCAAGAGCAGUUCGCAAGGCGAAGAUGGGCCUCAAAAGGAAUUCUGAUGUCGCUAUCGAUAGCUACAGCGGCCUUGGAUCGCCUGGAAGCCUGUCUGGUACCGGCUCUCAAGGCCAUGGGGAUGACACCCACACAUCUUCAUCUUCAUCCUCCGACACAGAAUCAAGUCACAGCGGCGAUCACUCGAGAGAACGUGAGCGUAAAUAA